GGUCGCACUGGUCUCCGAGUGGAGGGACGGUGAGGAGGUCGGGCGCUGCCUGCUGGCGCCGGGGCAGCCGCUUAAAUACAGUCCGUGGCUGCUGGCCGGGCCCUCGCUCGGGGCCAUGUUCGUGCAGGAGGAGAAGAUCUUCGCGGGGAAGGUGCUGCGGCUCCACAUCUGCACCAUGGAGGGAGCCGAGUGGGUGGAAGAGGUGACCGAGGACACGGGCGUCGAGAAACUCAAGGAGCGCUGCCUCAAGCAGUGCGUACAAGGAGGUUUAGAGGAUCCAAAGACAGUCACACACCACAAACUCAUUCACGCUACUUCAGAGAGGGUCCUGUCGGACACAAAGACUGUAGGUGAAGAGAACCUCCAGGAUAAAGAUGUUUUAUUGUUAAUUAAAAAGCGUGCCCCUGCUGCUCCUCCCAAAAUGGCUGAAGUUUCUGCAGAGGAAAAGAAAAAACAAGAGCAAAAGGCUCCUGAUAAGGAGGACAUCAUGAAGGUGACAGCUCAACUUACUGCUCGGCAGGUUGAUCGCAUGGUUACCCAGCACAACCUGCGAGAUUUUCAGACAGAACUCAGGAAAAUACUUGUUUCACUAAUAGAAGUGGCACAGAAGCUGCUAGCGUUGAAUCCAGAUGCUGUAGAACUGUUUAAGAAGGCAAAUGCCAUGCUGGAUGAGGAUGAGGAAGAACGAGUGGAUGAGGCAGCUCUACGUCAACUGACGGAAAUGGGCUUCCCCGAGAGUCGAGCAGUCAAAGCAUUACGGCUGAAUCAUAUGUCUGUAACACAGGCUAUGGAGUGGCUAAUUGAGCAUGCAGAAGACCCUGCAAUCGAUGCACCGCUGCCUGUUCCCGGCGAAAAAAGAGCAGUGGCAGAGGAGGCUAAACCUGAAGCAGUUGCUGAAAUUUCCAAGCAAGAUGAGCUGACUGAUAUCUUCAAGAGAAUUAGGAGGAAACGGGAAUUUCGACCAGAACCCAGAGCAAUGAUUGCUCUGAUGGAAAUGGGAUUUGAUGAAAAGGAAGUAAUCGAUGCAUUGAGAGUUAACAACAACCAACAAGAUGCUGCUUGUGAGUGGCUGCUGGGUGAUCGAAAGCCUUCCCCUGAGGAAUUGGAUAAUGGUAUUGAUGUCGAAAGCCCGUUAUUUCAAGCCAUUUUGGACAACCCUGUAGUACAGCUGGGACUGAUUAAUCCUAAAACACUGCUUGCAUUUGAAGAUAUGCUGGAAAAUCCAUUGAACAGCACUCAGUGGAUGAAUGACCCCGAGACGGGCCCUGUGAUGCUGCAGAUUUCUAGAAUUUUCCAGACUCUGAAUCGUACGUAGGACACACCCCCCUCUCCUCCAACACGGGUGCUUCCAGCUGCUUGCCUGCAGAGAUGGGUAUCAUUUCCUGAGAAGAGCAAGUGCGGAUUGUUCACGACUGGAGCCUGUUUGUACUUAAUAUGAGAAGCUUGCAACUCCAUCCACAUAACUACUGUUGCCUUCGGAUCUAGUGCUUAAGGCCUUGAUCUGAGGUUUUUUUUUUAAUUUAAAGGAAAGGUCAUUAGUAAAUUGCACAGAUUUCAAGACACAAAAGAGAACACUUAUAAAAGCUAAAGACAGUGGUAAUCCCAUUUUUGGAAACGGGCAACUAAUAUGUUGUUUGGCAUUUGGACGUUUGUGAACAGCCAAAGAACAAAGGGUAAAAAACUGGGGAUCUGCUAAAUAGAUGUUUACUAUUAUUUGAUUGCCUUGGUUAUUGCCUAUAUAUACCUCUUUGAAAGGGACAGAGCAACUUUGAUAACUGGUGAACAAUAUUAUUAUUAUUAUUAUUAGAAAUGCACCAAAGCAUACUUGGAAAGACCUAUUAAUGUGGAGAGCUGUAUUGUUCUUGUUAUCAAGGUUGUCAGUCCUCGGUAGAAACUUCAAAAUUAGUGGUUGUGUACAGUGAAGGAGGCAGUCCUGCAGACAGAGGUGAUUGCAAUAUUGAAAAUAAAAGGUAAUAAUUGUAGCUGAGUAAGGGUUUUCUUAUCACGUCUUUUGCUAAUACGUAGCUUUGACUUUUCCUCGCAUCCAACAACAACGGGAGGUCAUUGUUCAAAAUAAUCGCAGUGCCAAAUAAGUCUGUUUUAGAGUGCAGAAUACUCCCACUGAUUACUAUAUUAAUAUUUUUUUUAAGCAAUUAAUUGGUUCCUUUUGCAGCUUUGGAAGAUGGUCUUGUCUCUCACUACAUGGUACCAUGGUGCUCAUUACUGCUGUGUAUAAGAAAUCUAUAAAUACUGAUUUUUAUAGAAUGCUCUAUUUGGAGAA